AUGGCCGGGAAACCCAAGGCCCUCCACCCGCUCGUCCCGCUCGCCUCCCUCUCCUUCUCCACGCACCAGAUACCCGCGCACAACCUCAUCCCCAACACCUCCCUCGCCGCGCGCCCGCUCAUCGUCUACCGCGCGCCCUUCGCGACGACGCCCUCCGCCGAGCAGAUCGAGGCGCACCUCCGCGCCGUCGGCGUCUGCUUUCCCAUGUGGCGCUGGCCGAUGUACCCCGAGGACCACUUCCACACGACCGCGCACGAGUUCGUCGUCGUCCACCGCGGCCGCGGCCGGCUCAACUUUGGCGGCCGCGGCUGCGCCGGCGCGGUCGAGGUCGAGGUCGUGCCCGGGGACGCGGUGCUCAUCCCGGGCGGCGUCAGCCACGCGCUGCUCGAGGACCUCGGCGAGAAGGAGGGGCUCGGCAGCUUCGAGAUGGUCGGGAGCUACAUGGAGGGGUCCGAGCACUGGGACAUGUGCUACGGCAAGCACGGGGAGGAGGAGCACGUCGCGAACAUCCCGAACUUGACGUGGUUCGACAAAGAUCCGUUGUACGGCGAGGGCGGGCCUGCGGCGAAGUGCUGA